AAAACAGAGACAAAUACGAUGGGCUGGGCAUACAACACAACAGACGACACAAAAAGAGACAAAAGCAAACUCUCAACAAACCUCUCUCUAUCUAAACCCUCUCGUCUCUGAUUCCAAUCCUCUCUUUCUUCUUCGUUUUCCUUCGGACUCCAUUGACAUUGCUUCGAUUUCACGACAUACGCUCACAGCUCUCGCGCAACUAUACACAGGACUACUGAUUUAGGUUUCUCUGUGGCUCUGUGGUUUCUGAGCUCGUCAACUCGAGUAUUUUGGUUUUGCGGAUGAUGUGCGUCUCUCUGAAGUUUAAUGGUCCUAUUUUGGUGCUUUUUUUUUUAACCUGACUUGUAAAAUUAGGGUUUGUGCGAGUGAUUGGAUGAGAUUGGAGAGGGGUUGAUAUCUAGUGAUAAGGCUGCGAAGCUUGACAUGAGGGAGGGGUUGAGAUCUAGUGAUGUGGGUGUGAAGCUAGAAAAUGAUCAAGUGGACGUGGAAAAUAAUGUCGAUUCAGGUCCAAUGGAGGGUGUUGGAGUCAUAGACAAUGUUGAUGAUGAGAAGAAAGGGACAGAUUUAGUUUCAGAUGAUGUGGAUUUUGUUAAAGAUUCAUUGGUUUCUUUUACAGACGGAAAAAUUGAGGGUCAGUCUGAACAUAUGGAAUGUGAAAAUGCUGUUGGUGUCAAUGUCGGUGUUAAUUCUGAUACACCAAGGCCAAAAGCUGGGAGAGGGCGGCCGAGGAAGAAAAGAAAAAUGGUGGAGGAUGGUUAUAAUAAUGAGAAAGAUAAAGUUGAUUUGGCUCUGAAGAAGGGCGAUGAAACCACCAACACCAGUGAUAACGAGCAACAAGGACAGGUUCCAGUUUCGUCCGCUCCAGAGUCCGUUGAAAAAUCAUUGGCUUAUUCCCUACAGCGAAAAACGGAAGACCACAGAAAUGGGCCUGAGGACUCUGAACAUGUCGAAUGCAAUGAAGCUGCCAAUGUUAAUGGUCAUGGUGAAACCCACACAGGUAGGCCUAAGAUUGGGAGAGGUCGAAGGGGGAGGAAAAGAAAAAUUGUGGAGAGUUCUGUGGCCAAUGGGGAUGAUGCUGCACAGAAAAAGGAGGUUAAUAAGAUGUCUUUGGAUGGUAAGGAUGAGUUUAUUGGUCGGAUAUUGAGGUCAAGGACAAUGGCGAUGAGUGGUGGUGACAAGGUGGUUGAUGAUUCACUGACGGGAGGUGUUGUAGGUGAUAAAAGGAAGAAGGAAAGUGAUGAUUCAAACCAAAAAAUCAUUGAAAUUGACAAAAAUAAAAGUGCUCCGUUAAUUGGCAGGCGAAAGAAAAAGAUAAAAGGGCGUCGAGGGAGACCCCCCAAGGUGCAGGGGGGAUGUGACGAUUCAAACAAAAGAAUCAUUGAAAUUGAAACAGACAAAAGUGCCCCAUUAAUUGGCAGGAGAAAGAAAAAAGUAAAAGGGCGUCGAGGGAGGCCCCCCAAGGUGCAGGGGGAAAGUGGGCUGUUUAAGGUUAUUGGUUGUGACAACCAGAAGGAAACAGGGUCCAGGAAAAACAGUGAUCAACCAAAGGCCAAAGAAGUCAUUAGGGGUUCCAAGUUUGUAGACAGCAGAAAGCACAGCAGACUUGCCAGUCGGUUGUGUCAUUCUGGUGAGAAAAUCAUUGUAAAAAAUUUGAGAAGGAAUAAGCACAAGGAAGGGGGAGAACUGGGGACGGGAAGAGCAACAGAAAAGAAGUUACUGAGAGAGCGAAUAAUGGCUAUGCUUAAGAGUGCUGGCUGGACAAUUGAAUACAGGCCCAGGUUGAGCAAGGAGUACAAUGAUGCUGUGUAUGUCAGUCCAGAAGGACAUGGUUAUUGGUCAGUCACAAAGGCUUACAGAAUUCUUGAACAAGAAGUUGAAAAUGGUGAUGCUGAUAUCAGGGCUGUUUCUUCAUUUUCUCCAAUACCAGAGGAGGAAUUCAGCAAACUAUUCAGGGUAACGAAGAAAAGGAAAUGGAUGUUAGAAAAGAAAUUGAAGGGUGAAAAUAAGAAAAAUGAAGGAAUCACUCAAAAGAAGUUGAAGAAGAAGCAUGCUACAGACAAAAUAGGUGUCUCAAGGUACAAGCAUAAAGAAACACUGGGUGCCAAGUCAUGGAACAGAAGGAUAAAACGGAAAUCAUCAGAUUGUGAACAAGGUGAUUCAGCUAAUAAAUUGCCGAGGGGAGUGCGGAUACCAAAUCGGGGGGAGAGGAAAAAUAGAAAGAGAUGUGCUUUGUUGGUUCGUGACUCAAAGAAGGGGUUGAAUCCUGAUAGCAAAGGCUUUGUACUGUAUGGUGGGAAACGCAGCCUUCUUUCCUGGAUGAUUGAUUUGGGAACUGUUCCGCUCAGUGGGAAGGUUCAAUAUAUGAACCAUAGUAGUGGAGAAUUGAUUGAUGGCAGGAUAACUAGAGAUGGCAUUCAAUGUGGCUGCUGCAAUGAAACCCUCAAUGUUUCAGAUUUUGAGUAUCAUGCUGGAAGUAAACUCAGUCAGCCAUUUCAAAAUAUAUAUUUAGAGUCUGGAAGUUCCCUUUUGCAGUGCCUACUAGACUCAUGGAGUAAACAUGAGGGGUCUGAACCUAUUAAAUUCCAUUCGGUUGAUGUUGAUGGUGAUGAUCCAAAUGAUGAUACUUGCAACAUGUGCGGAGAUGGUGGGGACUUGAUCUGUUGUGAUAGUUGUCCAUCAACUUUCCAUCAAAGUUGCUUAAAUAUCCAAAAGUUCCCUUCUGGUGACUGGCAUUGUAUGUAUUGUUCUUGCAAAUUUUGUGGGGUGGUUGAUGGGAAUUCAUGUCAAAGGGACCAGAAUAGUGAUAUACCUGGUUCUGCAUUGCUCACAUGCCAUUUGUGUGAGGAAAAAUAUCACCAACUAUGUGUUCAAGAGAAGGAUGCUGCACACGUCGAUUCCGAUUGUUUGUCCUUUUGUGGGAAGAAAUGCGAAGAGGUCUUUAAGCGACUACAGGUGCUUCUUGGGGUUAAACAUCAACUGGAAGAAGGAUUUUCAUGGACUCUAAUUCAGCGUUCUGAUGUUAGCCAAUAUAAAUCUCUUAGUAGUGUUUCUCAAGAAGUUGAAUGCAACUCCAAGUUGGCUGUUGCAUUGUCUAUUAUGGAGGAGUGUUUCUUGCCAAUUGUUGACCAGAGAAGUGGGAUCAAUAUGAUUCGUAAUGUUGUCUAUAGCUGUGGGUCAAAUUUUAAUCGGCUGAACUACAGUGGAUUCUUCACUGCUAUUCUAGAGAGGGGUGAUGAAAUUAUCUCAGCAGCAUCCAUAAGGAUACAUGGGAAUUAUUUAGCAGAGAUGCCAUUCAUUGGGACUCGCCAUAUUUAUAGGCGUCAAGGGAUGUGUCGUCGGCUUCUAAAUGCAAUUGAAUUGGCUCUCUGCUCUAUUAAUGUUGAGAAACUGGUUAUACCUGCCAUCUCCGAACUUCUGCAAACAUGGAUUUCUGUUUUCGGUUUCAUGCCCCUUGAAGAAUUUAACAAGAAAGAAAUGAAAUAUAUGAAUAUGAUAGUGUUCCCUGGUGUAAAUAUGUUACAGAAACCUUUACUAGAGCAUCUGUUCACUGAAGGGAACCUCGUUUCCACUGCAGCUACAAACUCCACUGCACUCAAAACCGAGCAUCAGACGCACGAGGGGGCUAGUGAUUCUAAUAUUGGUUGUUCUACUGGGUCUGAUUCCAAUGUUUCCCAUGACAAUGCACAUGGAACAAAUGUUAUAGCUGCUGCUGCUGAGCAUCUUUUGGCAUUCAACGAUGUUUCUGUGAAUGGUGCAACUGAC